GUGAAAUCGAGUAGUAUGUUUUCUGUGGUAGUCAGUGCUGCCAUCAUACUGGAAACAAUAUUUUGACAUUUUGCAAAGUAAUCAUGGCGUCAGAACGGUAUAGUUUCUCGCUUACGACUUUUAGCCCCUCUGGAAAAUUAGUUCAGAUUGAAUAUGCAUUAGCCGCUGUAGCAGCUGGCGGUACUUCCGUUGGCAUAAAAGCCUCGAACGGCGUGGUGAUCGCGACUGAGAACAAACACAAGAGCAUCCUGUACGAUGAACACAGCGUCAACAAGGUGGAGAUGAUCACGGGGCAUAUCGGUAUGGUGUACUCCGGCAUGGGCCCGGACUACCGGCUGCUGGUGACGCAGGCGCGCAAGAUGGCGCAGCAAUACUACCUCAUGUACCACGCGCCGAUCCCCACGGCGCAGCUCGUGCAGAGAGUGGCCACGGUCAUGCAGGAGUACACGCAGUCCGGCGGCGUUCGUCCGUUCGGCGUGUCGCUGCUGGUGUGCGGCUGGGACGGCGGCCGCCCCUACCUGUUCCAGUGCGACCCCAGCGGCGCUUACUUCGCGUGGAAAGCCACCGCAAUGGGCAAGAACUUCAAUAAUGGCAAGACUUUCUUGGAGAAGAGGUACACAGAAGAACUGGAGCUGGAUGACGCGGUCCACACAGCGAUACUGACCCUGAAGGAAGGCUUCGAGGGUCAGAUGACGGCGGACAACAUCGAAGUUGGGAUUUGUGACGCCGCCGGCUUUAGGAGACUCGAGCCUCAACACGUCAAGGAUUAUUUGGCUAACAUCCCAUAAUUAUGUAUAUAAAAAAAGAAAAAAAAAAACAUGUAUGUACAAUCGUCCACACGUCAAAAUAUUAAUUCAAGGUCAAAAUUAGUGUUGCCAUUCGAUAUUCAAUUAUUAUUAUUAUUUGCGAAUGCUUUUUUUUUUCAUACAACAAACUAGGACUAAAAAUCGAGAGGCGAUCCAUCAAUUCGCAAGGACACAAUCGAUAUUCGUAAA